AUGAGCAACCGCGUGGUCUCGCUCACGUUCCGCCACAUCAUUGACGAUGUGAUUGCGAAUGUGCGCCAAGACUUUGAGGACAUGGGCAUCGAGAAGGAGGUGCUCGAGGAGCUGCAGCGCUCCUGGGAGGCCAAGCUCGUUGCUACGCAGGUCACCGAGUUUGACGGCGCAGCGGGCCGUGCGUCCCAGCUGUAUACCGUGACGCCCACAGCACCCCUCUUGCGGCCACUCGCAGCGACACGCGACGGCAAAGUCGAGGCGGCCCUACCGACUGCCGCUGUGCCCGGUGCAUCCGCUGAGGCCGGCACGAGUGGGAGCGCACCCAAUGCGCCCAUCAAGAGCGAGCCCGACGAGGCACUUACCCACAAGCGCAAGCGCGAGCUCGACGACGAGGGCCAGCGGGCGGACGGCAAGGAUGACACGGCUCCUGACGCCGCAGAGAAGGACAAGGACGAGAUUGGCAGCGAUCUCGACGACUCGGACGACGACGACGCAGAAGGCACCGAGGACAUGAUUCUCUGCCUCUACGACAAGGUGCAGCGUGUAAAGAACAAGUGGAAGUGUGUGCUACGUGACGGCGUCGCCUCGAUUGGCGGCCGCGACUAUCUCUUCUCCAAGUGCAAUGGCGAAUUCGAAUGGUAG